AUGGCGACGCUGCCGCCGGAGCAGCGAACGCUGCGCGCGGCGCUGGACCAGCGGGGGCUCGCGGAGCCGCUGCUGUCGUCCGACUGGGGCGACGGCCCCAACGCCUCCGGCCGCCACGAGGCGCGGGCCGACGGGCCCCUGCGGCGGGCGGUGGGGGCGGUGCGCGCGGCGGGCUGGGAGCUGUGGACGUUCUCGCGCAAUGACCCGAGGAAGCCCGUUUACGCGGCCAAGGUGGCCACGGCGCUCGCGCUCAUCACGCUGCUCGUCUUCCUCCGCGAGCCCAGCGACAUUGUCAGCCACUCCGUCUGGGCCAUCCUCACCGUCGUCGUCGUCUUCGAGUUCAGCAUCGGUGCAACCUUGAGCAAAGGCCUUAACAGGGGAUUGGGGACCCUGACGGCAGGCGGGCUUGCUCUAGCAGUUGCUGAAUCAGCAAGGCACAUGGGCGACCAGGACAUAGUGUUUCUCAUCAUCACCACCUUCGCCGUUGGAUUCGCUACAACUUUGAUAAAGGUGCACCCCAAGAUGAAGCUGUACGAGUACGGGCUCCGCGUCUUCCUGCUCACCUUCUGCUACGUGACGGUGUCCGGGUACAACACGGGGGAGUUCGUCGGCGGCACGGCCGUGAGCAGGUUCUUGCUCAUCGUCAUCGGCGGCGCCGUCAGCCUGGCGGUGAACAUAGGCAUAUACCCGAUCUGGGCUGGAGAGGACCUGCACCACCUGGUAGCCAGGAACUUCGCCAGAGUCGCUGAAUCCUUAGAAGGAUGUGUCGAUGGAUACCUGACAUGCAUGGAGUACCAAAGGGUUCCUUCCAAGAUUCUCACGUACCAAGCUUCCGAUGAUCCUCUGUACAGUGGGUACAGGGCGGCUGUCGAGGCACAGACACAAGAGGAAACACUGCUGGGGUUUGCUAUAUGGGAGCCACCGCACGGGCCAUACAAGAUGAUGAAGUACCCCUGGCAGAGCUACACCAAGGUUGGCGGCGCGCUAAGGCACUGCUCCUUCGCCGUCAUGGCGCUUCACGGGUGCAUACUGUCGGAGAUCCAGUCGGCGCCGGAGAACAGGCAGGUGUUCAGCGCGGAGCUCCACAGGGUGGGCGAUGAGGCGGCCAAGGUGCUGCGGGAGCUCGGGCACCGGGUGAAGACCAUGACCAGGCUGAGCUCGCCCAACAUCCUCUCCGAGGUCCUCCACGCCGCUGAGGAGUUGCAGAAGAAGAUCGACCAGCGGUCCUACCUCCUCGUCAACACGGACCGUUGGGGGGAUGACACCGCCGCCUCCUCCACCACCUGCAGCCGGCACGAGGCAAGAUCCGGAGCCUCCAAGGACAAUGAGGCGCCACCGCCGCCGUCGGAGCACGCCGUCGUCAUCAACAUCCCUCCAAUGCACAAUUCGGAGUCGAACACGUCCCUCGUCCGGACCGCCAGCGUCAACGUCCCUCCACUGCACAAGUCGGAGUCGAACACGACCCUCGCCCGGGCCGCCGUUGCCAGCAUCCCUCCACUGCACAAGUCGGAGUCGACCACGACCCUCGCCCGGGCCCCGGGCGUCAACAUCCCUCCACUGCACAAGUCAGAGUCGACCACAACCCUCGCUCGGGACGCCGUUGCCAGCAUCCCUCCGCUGCACAAGUCGGAGUCGAACACGACCCUCGCCCGGGCCGCCGGCGCCAGCAUCCCUCCACCGCACAAGUCGGAGUCGAACACGACCCUCGCCCGGACCGCCAGCGUCAGCAUCCCUCCACUGCACAAGUCGGAGUCGACCACGGCCCUCGCCCGGGCCGCGGCCCUCGGCAACAUGCACAAGUCGGAGUCGAACACGUCGCUCGCCCGGUUCGACUCGGCGGCGUCGUGGGCGGCCAUGUCGUUGGCGGACGGCCUGGCGCUCAAGCCCCAGGGGUCCUGGCACCACCGGAUGCCGCCGUUCCACCCGGGCCAGCCGCCCGACGCCGCGGAGGCGAGGACGUACGAGAGCGCGAGCGCGCUGUCGCUGGGCACCUUCGCGUCGCUCCUCAUCGAGUUCGUGGCGCGGCUCGGGAACCUCGUCAACGCCGUGGAGGAGCUCAGCGACAAGGCCGCCUUCAAGGAUCCCGUGGAGGAGCCAUCCGUGUUAAGCAGGGAGGAGACUGGUGUUUUUGGCAGAAUGACCAAGUUUUUCAGGCUGAAGAGAUGA